AGCUUUCGUUCAUUCACAGUAUUAUAGGCCAUUUCUGAAAUUACCAAUUGCCCUCGAAAUGGCCUCCCGAUUCGCAACCCGCCUCGCCUCUACUGUUGUCCGCUCCGCCACGGCCGCCGCCGUCCCUGGUACCAUCUUCCACUUCAGCGCCACCUCUGCCGUCGCCAAUCUUCCCAAACCUUAUCACUUACUCUCUAUACUCCAAUCUCGAUCCCAUCCAUCACAUGUUCUCCCUCAUGGCCCCCUUUCUCUCCGAUCCUUCGCCACCGUAAGUCGCCCGAGCCGUCCCCAUCGAUCAGCCAAGCCAGAUAUUGGCGCCCGAGCUAGGCAGAUGCAGACGCGGCGUCUCUGGACCUACGCUCUAACCUUCAGCUGCGUUGCGGGAUUCAUCAUCAUCGUGCUCAACCAGUUCCAAGACCAGCUCGUUUUCUACGUGACCCCGACGGAUGCGGUCGCGAAGUACAAAGAAAACCCUACCAAGGCAAAGUUCAGGCUCGGCGGGCUGGUAUUGGAGGGGAGUGUGGGGCAGGUACCUUCAUCUCCAGAGAUGGAGUUCGUGGUCACCGACUUAUUGACUGACAUUUUGGUCAAAUACGAGGGUUCCUUGCCGGAUCUUUUCCGGGAAGGUCAUUCCGUGGUGGUUGAGGGGUUUAUAAAGCCGUUCAGUGAGGAGAUGAGGAAGAAGGAUGAGGGGGCGGUGAGAGAGAAUAGGUUGAUGGUCACAGAGAAGGCCAGAAGUGGAGAUUUUUAUUUUGAGGCCUCAGAAGUGUUGGCUAAACAUGAUGAGAAGUAUAUGCCACAAGAAGUCGCUGCUGCCCUGGAGAAGAAUAAGAAGUUGCUAGAACAACAACAGAAUGAGCAAAGCAGCAGCGAAGCUAUACCCACAGCAUAAGGAGAUUUUGAUCAUUGCAUUGUCACAGGUCUGAUAUUCUUUUUUGCUUGACAUAUGAACUCUUUUAGAACUUCCUUGGGCAUGUAUGUUUAUGGUUAAUUAUACACAUAACAGAUUAGAUUGAGGGAAAUCAGGGAGGAGAUAUAGGACAAUUUGAGUUGAUAAACCAUCUGAUAAAUGGGAUUAUUUUGUUCCUAUUGUUUGGUUGUUCCAUUUUUGUGUUCAUUUAAUAGAUUGUAUUGCCUACCCACAAUAAUUGUGGGUUACAAACUGAGAUUGGCAUGGUGGUUAAUAAAAGUCGGAUUCUUUUUCAUUUAA